AUGAACAGCACUACAUCCGUAGAUCACACGUGGACAAACAAUCUAAGCGUCGACGAAGUCGCGCCGUCCGAAAGGGAAAACUUAUGCAAUCUCCUCAGUGCCAUACUGCUUGAUUUUGUUGCCGAUCACAUCAAGCAACUACGCAGCGAAAGAUGCUGCGGAUGCAAAGUCAAUCAUCCAAGCCAAAGGAGACACAAAUGCCUUAUGAUGACCAACGAAGAAGGAUGGCACAUGUACGGUGAAGAAGCGAUAAGAUGCGUUCACACAAAAAAUAUCAUAUGGAAAGCAUUCCUUGAACCUAUUCGCGUCACAAAACUAGAUUAUCACCCGGACGCCUCCCUACACUAUACAAACCUAUGGAAAAACUAUACUGAAACCCUCCAGACUCUCAUGCAUCUCAAAGAAGGCUCAACCUACCUAAG